CGUUGGCUGGUCAUAUAAUUAAACACACACACACACAUACCUCCCAUGCACGUCGAAGUGUAGCCCAUCGGCGACAGAGGAAGGACCAAAGAGAAAUGGCUUUUCACGUCUGUCUACUUCUCAAAGUCUUGCUCGUACUCGGCGUAGCCGCAACAGAAGUAGCCUCUCAAGGGACCAGAAAAUUUACUAUAGCAAACAACUGCAAAGAGACUGUAUGGCCCGGGCUAACAAAUAGUGAAAGUUUUAACAUCAGUGGCUUUGCAUUGAAACCGGGCCAAUCUGCUGUCUACACUGCAUCGGCCACUUGGUCCGGGCGGAUUUGGGGCCGAACUGGCUGCGAUUUUGAUAAGAACGGCAAUGGCAAGUGCCAAACUGGUGGAUGUGGCACUUCCUUGAACUGCACCGGGCCCGGGACACCGCCCGUUUCGAUUGCCGAGUUCACCCUCGGAGAGCCGGAUUAUUAUGACGUUAGCCUCGUGGACGGCUUCAAUUUGCCCAUAGUGAUAAAAGCUCUAAAUGCUAAGGAAAAUUGCAGCAACGCAGGGUGCGACGGAGAUUUGAGAUCGAAUUGCCCCUCGGACCUCACUGUUAAGUCCGAUGGGAAGGUGAUUGCUUGCAAUAGCGCAUGCGAUAUGUUCAACACGGAUGAGUUAUGUUGCAGGGGCGCGUUCGCAACCGCGCAGACUUGCCAGCCAAGUAACUAUUCAAAGGCUUUCAAGUCAUUCUGCCCGGAUGCUUAUAGCUACGCAAAAGACGACCCCACGAGCCUCAAAACAUGCACCAGCCCAGAAUACGCCUUGAGCUUCUGCUCGUCGAGACGCGGGCAUGUUGAAUCCAGGAAUGCAACGGUCUGCUCUUUUCAUGACGGUUCAUCGAAAUGCAAUGGAUCAACUGAUUUGAGGGCAUCCUUCUACGGAUGGUGGUUUCUGGUGAUCGUGCUGCCCAUGAUCGUCGGCACCCAUCAGUUUUUGGGGUUCAUCAUGUAAAUCGACUUCUUGAUUUUGUACAUUGACAUGAUCGCGAUGAGUUGCGACUAUAAUUUGAUGGUGUUUCUGGUUUCCAAACAACUCGUGUGAUUUUAAACGGUCCCGAACUUGAUAACAAAAGAACUUUUGAUGUUCGCACCGGGAUACAUAGUGAUAGCUAUUUGCAUGAGGAAGUAUAUGAACAUGUAAAUGCAAGGAAAGAAGUUCAUGUAUAUACUGUGAUCAUUUAUUAUUGAGUUAUGGGUGGCUUUUAUCUAA